CGGGACCUGGGAGCGGGUGGAGGCGGCGUCGGCAGCCGAAGAGAAGACGCUGCGGAGCUGGAGCUGGAGCUGGAGGCGGCCGCGGCCUCCCGGGACUUCCCCGCCCUGUUCUCGGGGACUCCGCGCCCGGAGUGCCCGAGGACCGGGAACGUUGUACUCGGCAGCUUUGGCAGCUCGGAGGUGUUCGGGAGCAUGUCCUUGUCCCUGGAGGAGUUCACCUACGUGGAGCCUGCAGAUUUAAAAAGUGGAUCAUGGUACACAUGUCAAAAGAUGGCAAGAUCACGGUCCAGAUCACCUAGGUGGAAACAGAGGUCUUUAUCACCAGAAUUUAGGAAUCCUGAACACUAUAGACAGAGAUAUCUCCAUGGCAGUUAUGACUAUGAAUACAAAGGGUUUAGGAAGGAUCCCAAAAGGACCAUGCCUUGGAGAAUGGACAGUGAGAAAUAUGAACAAAAUGAUGCAAGGAUCUCCUCUCACGGAAAUAUACAUCACAGAAUUUAUGAUCACAGGUCACCUUCCCCAAGUGUAAGGAGGAAUUCUUUAGAAGAUACUUACAGUUAUAAAUCUCACCGGGGAUAUUCACCAGAAAGGAGUGAUAGUAGUCGAAAAUUUCAUUAUUUUUCCAAAUACUCAGAUGUACCACCCUACAAAGAACAUGAAUGGUAUUAUUCUUCACAAAAAGUACAAGGAAGGUAUGUGCCUGAUGAUGCCAGAUUUACUGGAAUUGGAAAAGAAGUGAAGCCUUUUCAUAGAUCAGCAGACUCUUUUAAAUUUGAAGGAAAGUGGCAUGAAGAUGACCUCAGGUACCAGAGGAUACAGGAAGACAAAUAUGCUCAGUCACCUCGUAGAGGUCUUGAAGAACUUGUGACAAGGAGCUCUUUUCAGAAGAGGUAUCCUGAGGAUGGUGAUUUCAGAGAAUAUGGACAUACGUCAAAAAGAACUAAAGACAUGGAAAGAUAUGAAAACAGAGAGCCAUCCAGGAAUCCUAAAUGGAAGCCAGAACACUCUUUCCCAUCUUACCAAGAGAAGAAAGGACAAAGGAGCGUUGAACCUCAGAUCUAUCGAUCUGCAGAAAGGGAGUACCUAGAGGAUAGUUCGUUAGCAAAGGUGUCCUAUGGCUAUCGACACAAACAUUAUAAGCACUCAGAUGAAGAACAGUCUUUUUCUAAUGGAAGAACACACAAGUAUUCCAAGGAAGAAGAAAGAAAAUACAGUUCUCCAAAGGGUUCUCUAAAUAGAGAGUUAGAUUGUUUUAGUAGUAGUGGAAGAGUGAGAGAGACUGAGGAAGGGAACUUUGAUAUUUUAAAAUAUGCUAAGAAGGCCUGUAGUGCCUGUGCUAAUCCUUAUAAAAAUGAUAUUGAUAUGAGACUCUUUAAUAACAAACUGAAGGAAAGAGUAAAGAAAGAAAUUGAUUUCAAAAAAGAGCAAGAUUUUUCCAGUAGUCAUCAUGAUACACGUCACAGACCUCCAGAUGGGAAAUCUUCAAAUGUCAGUCUGAGGAAGAAAUUGCUUACAGUUAAAGUGGAUAUGAAGAAGACAAUAGAUAAGUACAGGAAAAAGGAAAACUUCCAUCCAGUGUUUGAACAUCUUGACUCCACAACACAGGAUGUCGAAAACAAACCAUCAGGAGAAUUUACUCAGGAAAUCAUCACAAUAAUCCAUCAAGUUAAAGCAAAUUAUUUUCCACCUUCUGAUCUUACUCUACAUGAACGUUUCUCAAAAAUGCAAGAUACACAAGUUCCUGAUAUAAAUGAAAUAAAAAUGAAUUCAGAUCCAGAAAUUCACAGAAGAAUUGAUAUGUCUUUAGCAGAACUGCAGAAUGAACGGACUGUGAAGUGUGAACCAGGACAGGCCUUGGUCAGAGUAAUAGAAGAUCCCAAUGAUCUCCGCCAUGACAUUGAGAGAAGGAGAAAAGAACGAUUACAGAAUGAAGAUGAACGGAUUUUUCACGUAGGUGGAGCUAUACGAAGGAAUGAUCAGAACUCCAAUUUUUCAAAAUUUCAGAAUGUCCAUACAAGUGGAUUCCAAAAGCCUAUAAGAUUUAUUAAACCAUACUUCAGGAAAUUUAUUAGAAAAUCUUACAAGAAUGCAUAUUAUACCUCAAAAACAAAAGACAUCAUUAAUGACAGACCAUUUGGAAUUAGAGGCAAUCUUCAAAACCCAAGGACCUUUAGAAGACCUUUUAAGAACAAUUUGAUAGAUGGCAGAUUCCAGCCCCAUUAUAAAUCAGGCCUAGUACUGAAGGGUUUGUAUGUUCAAGCUAAGUACCAACGCUUACGUUUUACUGGUUCAAGGGGAUUUACCACUAAUAAAUUCAGAGAAGAAUUUCUAAAGAAAGAAAAGAUACAGAAAAGUGUUUUGACAAAAUACAACACCAGUUCCUACCAUGAUAAAGAAGCAGAGGGUGUGUAAUAUGAUAUUCUGGAAAGCAAAAGAGCUAGGACUAUGACCAAGAGUAACCUACCCUGUAAAACUGAGUGUGAUCCUACUGGGAGGAAAAUGGAUCUUUAAUGAAAUGGAGGACUUUGAAGCAUGGAUGAUGAAAAAAUCAGAGCUGAAUAGAAAACUUGAUAAUCAAGCACAACACUCAAGGAGCAUAUAAAGGUAAACCUGAGUAAAAUACUAUUGUUCUGUAAGAAAUGAUGAUGGAGAUGGUUUCAGAAAAACCUGGGAAGACUUAAAUGAUCAUCUAUAAAGUGAAGUGACCAGAAGCAGGUGAAUAAUUUUAACAAUAACAGCAGCAUAAAGAUAGCUGGAAAACUUAGUAACUGAUCAAUACAAUGAUCCACCACAAUUCCAAAGGAUUUAUGAUGAAAAAUGCAACUGACCUCCAGAAUGAAAACUGAUAGACUUAGUGCAGAUGGGAACAUUUUUUUUCCUCUUUUUAUUUUUGUUUUUCACAAAAUGUCUAAUGUGGAAAUAGGACUUUAUAUACGUAAUGAAUAUUUUGUUUCUUGCCUUCUCAGUGGUUGGUGUAGAGGGUGGAAGGAGAAAGAUAAUUGAGAGCU